AUGUCAAAUGUUACCAAGAACAAUGCUGCCGCCCACAUUGGCCCUGAUGCUUCUGGUGUCAGCCACUUCUUCUAUACCACUACAAGUGGAAAGCUGUGCGCCUUUAUUAAGAAAGACAAUGAAGAUUACUACGACCAACAGCCAGUCAUUGUUGAGGCCAAGGGAAACGUUUCCACCCAAACGAAGAAAGGCAGUCCUAUUGAAGCAGUGGGAUAUAAAUUUGAUGGAGAAGACCAGAUUCGGGUGUACUAUAUUACAUCUGACAGUAAACUGAAAGAGCUCUGCUGGAGUCCAACUCGUGGGUAUUUUGCUGGUGCUCUUUCUCGCAAGCAGUAUAGUGUGGCAGAUGACACUGGACUAGCUGCAUCGGCUUCUGGAGGACUUCUUGAGGUUUACUGCAAGUUGGAUAAGUAUGAUGACAGCUAUGCACGUAUUUGGCUCCGUGACCAACGAAGUGAGAUUUGGAAUGAUACGACCCUGAUUAGAAGUGACUUCUAA